ACUUAGGAAUUUGAGUGGUUUCAAAUUUACAAAUUAUAUGUCCCUUCUAGUAUAAAUAUUGAUUUCGUCAUUCUUCUUCCAUCUCAGUUGUUCUCUUCUGACAAGUGCCUAAGCUGAAAUGGCGUCGUUUUUGUCUAUUCUCCCUGCUGUUUCUGCUCGUCCGGUUCCCAGUGCCUUCUCCCUCACAAGACCUUCUUUUCAAGCCCAACCCACCUUGCAUUUCAAAAAUCACGGGUUUGCAGUUAGCUGUAGUUAUGCAGAAGCAGGUGUCAAUGCUGAUUCUAAAUCUACCACCAUAGAUGUUGUGGCUGAUGUUAAAAGUGAACGGAUUGUAGUCUUAGGAGGAAAUGGCUUUGUUGGUUCCGCCAUAUGCAAGGCAGCAGUAUCUAGGGGCAUAGAGGUCAUAAGCCUAAGCAGGUCAGGGCGACCCAAUUAUGCCGAUGCAUGGGUAGAUCAGGUUACUUGGGUUUCAGGAGAUGUUUUUUAUGUAAACUGGGAUGAAGUACUUGUGGGAGCUACAGCAGUUGUUUCAACACUUGGAGGUUUUGGUAGUGACGAACAGAUGAAAAGAAUUAAUGGCGAGGCUAAUGUUGUGGCUGUGAAUGCUGCAAAGGAAUAUGGAAUUCCCAAAUUCAUCUUGAUCUCAGUUCACGAUUAUAACUUACCGUCAUUUUUACUUUCCUCUGGGUACUUCACUGGAAAGAGGAAAGCAGAAUCCGAGGUUCUGUCUAAAUACCCCAAUUCAGGUAUUGUCUUCAGACCUGGGUUCAUAUAUGGGAAAAGGAGAGUGGACGGUUUUGAGGUUCCUUUGGAUUUGGUAGGGGAGCCAGCAGAAAAACUUCUACGAGCAGUAGAGAACUUCACCAAACCUUUAAGCUCUCUUCCUGCAUCUGAUCUACUCUUGGCUCCACCUGUUAGUGUUGAUGACGUUGCAUUGGCAGUUAUCAAUGGUGUCACAGAUGAUGAUUUCUUUGGCGUUUUUACAAUUGAGCAGAUUAAGGAAGCUGCCAAUAAAGUACGGGUAUGAUCCACAUACAUGUGGCAAGUCAACCGAUAUGCAGUUACAAAAAUUGUACAGGGAAUAACUACAUUGAGGCCAUUUUCCUCGCUUCGUUAAUACCGGUAGCUUUUGGAGCAAAAUCUUGAGUAGUGUGUGGGGAUUAUGGUGUUAAAAACAUAUAAUGCAAUAAACGAGUUUCUCACUUAUAUUAA